CCUGCCUCUCCAGCCUCCUUGCGGCCGAAAGAGACCCUUCUCUCUGCUGAAGGUCUCGUCGUUCAAAUCGCAGCUUCUUACUCGUCAAUCUUCAAUUUAGAGGAGAAAUGAGAGGAUUACUGAACAAGCUGGUCUCUCGUUCGCUCACCGUCGCUGGAAAAUGGCAGCAGCAGCAGCUCCGCCGUCUCAACAUCCACGAAUAUCAGGGGGCUGAGUUGAUGGGAAAAUACGGGAUUAAUGUGCCAAAAGGAGUGGCUGUUUUUUCUGUUGAAGAAGUUAACAAGACAAUCAAGGAAGUUUUCCCUGGUGAAAAUGAGCUGGUAGUUAAAAGCCAAGUUUUGGCUGGUGGUCGAGGCUUGGGAACCUUUAAAAGCGGAUUUAAGGGUGGAGUUCACAUUGUUAAGGCUGACCAGGUUGAAGACAUAGCUGGGAAGAUGCUUGGCCAGAUACUUGUGACAAAGCAAACUGGUCCACAAGGCAAAGUUGUCAGCAAGGUUUACUUGUGUGAGAAGUUAUCAGUUGUGAAUGAGAUGUACUUUGCUAUCACUCUGGAUCGUAAAACUGCUGGUCCUCUAAUAAUUGCAUGUAGAAAGGGAGGAACGAGCAUAGAAGACCUUGCAGAGAAAUACCCUGACAUGAUUAUUAAGGUACCAAUUGAUGUCUUCAAAGGAAUUACUGAUGAAGAUGCUGCUAAGGUUGUGGAUGGGUUGGCUCCAAAGGUGGCAGACAGAAAAGAUUCUAUUGAACAAGUGAAGAAAUUAUAUGAACUUUUCUGCAAAUGUGACUGCACAUUAUUGGAAAUUAAUCCCCUUGUGGAGACCUCUAACAACCAGCUUGUGGCAGCUGAUGCAAAAUUGAACUUUGAUGAUAAUGCUGCUUUUCGUCAAAAGGAGAUAUUUGCUCUCCGUGAUCCAACACAAGAGGAUCCUCGAGAGGUGGCUGCUGCCAAGGCAGAUCUAAAUUACAUUGGCUUGGAUGGAGAAAUUGGUUGCAUGGUGAAUGGCGCUGGAUUAGCAAUGGCUACAAUGGAUAUAAUCAAACUCCAUGGGGGAACUCCUGCCAAUUUCCUGGAUGUAGGUGGUAAUGCUUCUGAAGGCCAGGUUGUUGAGGCAUUUAAGAUACUUACUUCUGAUGAGAAGGUAAAAGCAAUUUUGGUUAACAUAUUUGGAGGUAUCAUGAAAUGUGAUGUUAUUGCAAGUGGAAUUGUCAAUGCUGCGAAACAGGUUUCGAUGAAGGUACCUGUAGUAGUUCGUCUCGAAGGCACUAAUGUUGACCAGGGAAAGAGAAUUUUGAAGGAGAGUGGAAUGACCCUAAUAACAGCCGAGGAUCUGGAUGAUGCUGCAGAAAAAGCAGUUCAAGCCUCAUCCAGUUAAGAAAGUUCUCAUAUGAAUCUGUUUUUGUUCUUCUUUACAUUUUCACAGUAUUUAUAAAUCAAUCAAUCGAUUGAAUCUUACAACCGAAAAAUACCCAUUGAAUCUUGUUAAUGAUAAAGAAAGGAAGGAUGUAGGAAUGUUCCUUUCCUGCCCUCAAAUUUGGCUUUUUGGUUAUAAGAGAUUUGUGGUAUUUAUAUGCUGUGGCUGUUUUCAUUUAUUUU